AGUCUGCAUUCAUCAGCCCUCCUUAGGAGAAGGCAGGAGACCCAAGUGUCUGUAGCUGGACUGGAACGGGAAGGACUGGGAGAGGAGCCAUGACCCAAGAGCAACUGUGGCAGGUCCUGGAUGCAUCAUGGGGAGACCCUCGCACCCUCUCUGCUCUGCUGUGCAGCUCAGUAGCUGCUGUUGUGCUGCUGAAGUGGCUGGAACGUAGGCAGAUCCAGCAGAAGAUGAUGGAGGCGAGGAGGGCACGGGAUCUGGCCCUGGAGCGAAUGGAGAAGGCAGCUCGCAGGUUUAAGCAAGAGAACCCAGGCACCCAGACUGCUCAAAUCCUCUCACUGACAAUGGUGGAGCUGGUGGAGAAACUGAAAGAUGGUUCCCUGUCCCCAGAAAGCAUCCUCUACACCUAUAUGGGCAAAGCUUUGGAGGUGACUCGGGAGGUGAACUGUGUAACAGACUUCAUUCAUGGCUGUGAAGAUCAACUCCAGAAACUGAAGAAUCAGAAGGAGAAGGGGCUGCUCUAUGGCAUUCCCAUCAGCAUCAAGGAGCACAUUGACUGCAAGGGCCACAUCUCCUCUGGAGGGAUGGUGAAGUUUCUGGGCCAAGUAAAGGAAGAAGACAGCGUCAUCAUCCAGGUUCUAAAGUACCAGGGGGCAAUCCCCUUCGUGAGAACCAACGUCCCACAGACGAUGAUAAACUAUGAUUGCAGCAACCUCAUCUUUGGCCAGACGCUGAACCCUCUCAACCACCAGAAGAGCCCUGGGGGGUCCUCAGGAGGGGAGGGAGCUCUGAUUGCAGGGGGAGGCUCCAUCCUGGGCAUUGGGUCAGAUGUAGCUGGUAGCAUCCGCCUGCCGUCCAGCUUCUGUGGGCUGUGUGGGCUCAAACCCACAGGCAACAGGAUCAGCAAACUGGGUGUUGUUUCUCCUAUCGUAGGAAUGGAAUCAGUGGCAUCGGCGCUGGGGCCGAUGGCGAGGGACGUGGACAACCUGGCCCUCUGCAUGAAGGCUCUGCUCUGUGAGGAGAUGUUCCGGCUGGACCCCACCGUGCCCCCCAUUUCCUUCAAUGAGGAGGUUUACACCAGUUCAAAGCCACUUCGGAUUGGAUACUACGAAGGAGAUGGCUACUUCCAACCCUCACCCAGCAUGAAACGAGCUAUCCAGGAGACAAGAAAGCUCCUCCAGGAUGCAGGGCAUACGCUUGUUCCCUUUGUACCACCCAAGAUCGAGUACAUGGUAGAUGAGCUGUUCACCAGAGGGCUUUUCUCGGAUGGUGGUGUUCACCUGGUGGACUGCUUCAAAGGAGACAUUGUGGAUCCCACCCUGAAAUCCCAGUUCAAUACUUACAGGCUUCCUGCUCUGGUGAAAAGGAUCUUUGCUGUUGUUCUGAAACCCACAGUAAGUGUGUGGAGGAGUCUUGUCUGUGCUACAGGAAAUCUGCAAGUACCCAAGAAUCGCUCAGGAUCUCAGUGCUCUCUGUGGAGUGAGGUAAGACAUGCUGAAGUAGCUCUAGAGAAAGGGGACGCACAUCAGUGCAUGCACUGGUCUGCCAAAAACCUCUGGGAUCAGCACGGAGCAGUGGAGGCUUACCGCACUGAGUUCAUUGUCAAAUGGAGGAAGCUGAGGCUGGAUGUGAUUCUUUGUCCAGCACUGGGGCCAGCCUUUAACCAUGGCUAUGCUGGGAAGCUGUUUGCUGCAACCUCCUAUACCAAUGUAUACAAUGUCUUAGACUUCCCUGCUGGGGUGGUGCCGGUCAGCACAGUCACAAGAGCUGAUGAAGAAGAACUGAAGUGUUACCGAGGGCACUAUGGAGACCCUUGGGAUAAAAGGCUGAAAGAGGCUGUAGAAGGAGCUGUGGGGCUGCCAGUGGCUGUUCAGUGCGUGGCUCUGCCAUGGCAGGAAGAGCUGUGCCUUCGCUUCAUGAAGGAGGUGGAGACACUUGCCCACAGCAUGAGGAGGAAUGUGUAAUUUCUAGGAACCAAUAACCACAAAGCAGACAGAGACCUGCAGACUCUGAACCACUGUUACAAUAAGCUGCAAUAAAUGCUGUUUAAAAAUAGUGGGCAAAAAUCUC